CAGUGCCGGUAAAUUUAUCCAGGAAGCCGGCUGGCAAGAUCCAUUCACAUUUUUUACGCUUCUUAUUUUCGAUACUGGACCACAUAAUACAUCUUUAUUUACAGUUUGAUACGCGUUCCAUAUCUAUGUAUGAGCGUUUGCAUUCAAUCAUCUAGAAAUUGCCAUGGCAUCACGUUCAGGCCCAAGAGCUGCAGGGACUAAUGGAAGUGACUAUAAACACAGAGAGAAAGCAUCAGACUAUCAGAUGAGUGCUUCACUAAAAUCAGAGAUAAAGAAGCUUGCCGUCAUCCAUGUCUUCGUAUGGUUGCUGGUGGCAGCUCAGGUAGCUGUCAGUCAUCUCGAUCUGGUCUCACACGACCUGGUGGCCUUGCCCUACCAGUGGGAGUAUCCAUACCUUUUGAGUCUUCUGCCUUCAUUGAUCGGAGCACUCGCCAUGCCAAAAAACAACAUCAGCUACCUGGUGAUCUCAAUGAUCAGUGCCGGUUUGUUCUCAGUGGCACCCUUGAUUUUUGGUGCAAUGGAAAUGUUUCCACUGGCCAAACAGCUAUACAGGCAUGGCAAAGCCUAUCGCUUUAUCUUUGGCUUCUCGGCUGUUUCUGUGAUGUAUCUGCUAAUGAUAAUCGCUAUUCAGAUACACGCGUGGCAAAUCUACUACAGCAAGAAGCUACUGGAUGCGUGGUUUAUUUCAACACAAGAGAAGAAGAAGAAAUAAACAUGUUAUUGAGGAGGACUUGCUUUACAUAUCAGCUUCUCUAAUUCUGCCUCAGUUUAUACUGUACAUUGCAUGAGAAUAUUUACAAGUUAAAUAUAUUAGUUAUUCAACAAAGCAUACCUUAAUGUUCAUAUUUACUUCUACACGUUUAAAUUAUCUUGCCCCUUAAAUAUUGUUUUUUUACACAUAUUAUUAAUAUUUAAAUUAUUUAAUUUUGUUUAAAUUAACAAUUGUUUCUUCUGGAGGUCGAAUCCACCAUACA